AUGGCUCCCACAGAACUGGAGAACUGUCCUGAAGACCCUGGUCAUCAUGGCGGAUGCAGGGAGGCCAGUGUUAGGAACUAAUGCUAGUAUAAAGCUGCUAGGCUGAAAGUCUCCAAAUGUUGCUGCUGGUGUGUUUGUCCGUCCCCUGCAAGGUGUCGAUUGGUCAAUCUCACACAGGGUCAAAGGUUAGGCUGGUUCUGUGGUGUCAACGGGCUGUAGAGCCCCUGAGAAUGAAACACCAGGGAGUGUGACACUAGUCUCUGCUGCACACUGCUCCUAGAGCUGCUAAUAGACUAGCUGCUGUGACAGGCAGCUCACCCCUCACCUCUCUGUCCCCUGAAUGAAGCGUUGUAAUGAUGUGUGUUGUGUUUGUGUAGGUGCUGAGAUGUUCCGGCGUGCGCUGGGGAAGACCCUGGGCUUCGUUAGCUACACCAUCCAGUAUGGCUGCAUAGCCCACUGUGCCUUUGAGUACAUCGGAGAGUUUGUGGCGGUGUGUAGGAUACUUUUCCCUUUGUGGCCAUGGUCUGUGAAUACCUGAGUAACUACUUUUAAUUUAAAUGUCUGUGAAUUUACCCACAGUGCUCUGGUCCUUCUAUGGAACCCACCAUCACAAGCCACGACGUUGUCUUCUCAGAACGGUUGUCGCGCCAUCUCUGCAGAAUCGAGAAGUGAGUUUUAGUUUUCAAUUUGAAAUUCUCAAAGUUGGUAAAGUAAACUUAACCUAUCCUAAGUGGUCGCUUUUUGCACCGUAACCCCUUGAUGUUCUCCCUAAUGUAUAUCAAUGACAGCUCACCCCAUUGAUCCUGUCUUCUCUUUCUUCAGUGGUGAUAUAGUAAUCACUAAGAGUCCGUUUGAUCCACAUAUGAACAUCUGUAAAAGAGUAAUCGGUUUGGAGGGAGACAAAGUCUGCACCAGUGGCCCCUCGGAUAUCUUCAAGACCCACCAAUACGUAAGUAUUCAUCAACACUACACAGUCAUGCCCCAGGACUCUCAAGGACUCUCAGCCACAUGUACAGUAUUCUACCUUUAGUUUACAAGGUAAGUGUAUUGAGAACACAUUUACAACAACAACCUGGAGAAGAGUUUCAGAUGAGAGAAGCGGGGUUGAAAUGGGGCAGUAAAGCAAUACAUUCUGUACGAACCAUUAAGCCUUGGCCAGACAUGUUGUGUUUCAGAUAUGCUUUAGUGAAAUGAGAGAGAGACUAACCCCUCUGUCUUCAGCUCAAUCUCCGUGUUCUGGGUGUUUAGAUUCUAGACCACGCACAUCCAUCUUGUGUCAUCAGUCCAAAUAUCAUCCUUUGACAGCAACUGCAUUUCCUCAGAGCAGUGGUUGUGGUGGUGAAACCACUGUCAUUGCAUUUCUAUUAGUACUCUCCCACUGCCAUGCUGCCCUCAGCCACAGCUCAGGCUGCCAAUCUCUCUGAAGCCUGUUCGAGUUAGUGCCAACUGAGUGGACAGGUUGAUGGGUGGGCUGAGGUGUGUGUGUGUGUGUGUGUGUGUGUGUGUGUGUGUGUGUGUGUGUGUGUGUGUGUACACACUCGCACAUGAACAGUGGAGGUAUAGGUGAAUGUAACCACUGACGGGAUUUCAACCACACACAGGAGGUGCUGGUGUCAUCCAGGAAAUGAAAAAAACAAAUGUUCCUCUGUGAACAGAUUUAAUCUCUACACACAGGCAGUAAAGCUAUAUUGAACUGGUUACAGCAAAACAGGUUUCAUCUCUACACAUGUCUUGGGCAAAGGUCUCAGCCUACAGAUGUACUCUCUUAAUUGGAUCACUCUGUUGUCGCAGAAAAUGCAAACGUAGUGUAUUCGAGUUUUUAAAAGUAUUCUAAAGUUUGUAAUUCCCACUUUAACAUUUCAGACUUGAUUUGCCCUAAUGAAAAAUGUAUCAACUCUUACAAAAAUGUCCAUUCAUUAUAAUCCACAGAAUAAUUCACAUUUCCUGUUGCUGCAGGAUUAUUUUCCUGCUGUGAGAAACUGGUCAAAUUAAGAUGGCAGAUCUGUACCUCCGAGAUGUGUCUCAGUGAAAGACAUUGCUCUAGUCUUAUCCAUUGUUUACCUACCUCUGUUGGAUUUCCUCUGUCAAAACACACACCAAAAUGUAUGUCAACACAGUUGGUUGUGGUGUUAAUGAAAUAAAAGCCUUGUGGGACAUAAAACAUACCACCACGAGCCUAGACGUUAUGCUCCUAGACAUUAGGUGCAUGCGUGUGGGUUUCUGUUUGUGUACUAUGUGAGACCUUGUCCUCACCUCCUCUCUCUUGUGACAGGCUGGCAGGUUCUUUCCUCCCACAUAGAUGGGGAGAUGGACAAAUUGGCUUGUCACCUCUUAGAAGUCAUUUCUACAGUAUGUCUGAUGCAUUGUCACAACAAAGACAUUCGAUCCAUAAUAUGAUAGUGAGUGUCUGUGAAAGAGCGAGAGAGGGAUAAAUGGUGUCUGUGGGAGAGAGAGAGACACACAGACAGAGGGGGAGUGAGAGAAAGAGAGAGAAGGUAUGGGAGAAAGAAAGUGGGAGCCUUCAGAGCCUGAAUCUAUUCCCGCCAGGUUAGAAACACCACUGUACCUCAAUCAGGUUAGCUUAAUGAGCAGAGCAGGGUGAGGCCUUAAACACCACUGUAACUCAAUCAUGUUAGCUUAAUGAGCGUAGCAGGGGGAGGCCAGACCAGGCUGUUGAACGGCAGACUUCACUAUCCAGGUGAGCUCAGCUUUCCCACCUUGACACGUCUCUGACAGGUACACAUAGCCCCGCCCCCACAACCACCCAACCACAGAACAGGUUCCAUCACUCCCUCUGAUUCCCUUCACAACACAGCCGCCGGGCUGAGCUGAGAUAUGCCACUCAACCCUAAAUCCUCUAGCUGGGCACACAGCCUGACUGGACGACUAGGCUGGCUGGAACUGUGUUGUGGAAAGUAACGAUGUCUGUUGAUUAUGCUUUGGCUGAGCGCUCUCAUUCUGUUAGGGUGACUCAGUGUAGGGAGUCGGGAGAGGGCAUGUUAGACUCAUGGCUCAGUGUCAUGGAGAAGUAUAUAAACAGUUCAUGAGGAGUGGUUGCUUCUCUGCCUGUCAAUCAUGCUGGUGCUUAUCCUUGACAUCCUCCCCUCUACCUUCACUCAACACUGGUGUGUGGGAUCUAUACAUGAGUUUUCAGUGGCUGCUGUGGUUAUGACGGUCUGCGGUGAGCUUGCAGGUGUUUAAUCAGGGAAGAAGAGUUCCACCAACUAUGAGGGGGGACAGAAUUUGAACAUGUUUGCCUCCUUCCAAUACCUCCAGUAUCAUAAUAAUAAGGAUUUUUAUUUUUUAUUUCACCUUUAUUUAACCAGGUAAGCCAGUUGAGAACAAGUUCUCAUUUACAACUGCGACCUGGCCAAGAUAAAGCAAAGAAGUGCGAUAAAAACAACAACACAGAGUCACAAAUGGGGUAAACAAAACAUAAAGUCAAAAAUACAACAGAAAAUAUAUAUACAGUGUGUGCGAAUGUAGUAAGUUAUGGAGGUAAGGCAAUAAAUAGGCCGUAGUGCAAAAUAGUUACAAUUUCGUAUUAACACUGGAAUGAUAGAUGUGCAAAAGAUGAUGUGCAAAUAGAGAUACUGAGGUGGAAAUUAGCAAAAUAAAUAACAAUAUGGGGAUGAGGUAGUUGGGUGGGCUAAUUUCAGAAAAGCUGUGUACAGGUGCAGUGAUCGGUAAGCUGCUCUGACAACUGAUGCUUAAAGUUAGUGAGGGAGAUAAGAGUCUCCAGCUUCAGAGAUUUUUGCAGUUUGUUCCAGUCAUUGGCAGCAGAGAACUGGAAGGAAUGGCGGCCAAAGGAGGUGUUGGCUUUGGGGAUGACCAGUGAGAUAUACCUGCUGGAGUGCAGACUACGGGUGGGUGUUGCUAUGGUGACCAGCCAACAAGAGCGUACAGGUCACAAUGGUGGGUAGUAUAUGGGGCUUUGGUGACAAAAUGGAUGGCAUUGUGAUAGACUACAUCCAGUUUGCUGAGUAGAGUGUUGGAGGCUAUUUUGUAAAUGACAUCGUCGAAGUCAAGGAUCGGUAGGAUAGUCCGUUUUACGAGGGCAUGUUUGGCAGCAUGAGUGAAGGAGGCUUUGUUGCGAAAUAGGAAGCCGGUUCUAGAUCUAACUUUUGAUUGGAGAUGCUUAAUGUGAGUCUGGAAGGAGAGUUUACAGUCUAACCAGACACCUAGGUAUUUGUAGUUGUCCACAUACUCUAGGUCAGACCCGCCGAGAGUAGUGAUUAUAGUCGGGUGGGCGGGUGCAAGCAGCGUUCGGUUGAAGAGCAUGCAUUUAGUUUUACUAGUGUUUAAGAGCAGUUGGAGGCUACGGAAGGAGUGUUGUAUGGCGUUGAAGCUCGUUUGGAGGUUUGUUAACACAGUGUCCAAUGAAGGGCCAGAUGUAUACAAAAUGGUGUCGUCCGCAUAGAGGUGGAUCCGAGCGUCACCAGCAGCAAGAGCGACAUCCUUGAUAUACACAGAGAAUAGAGUCGGCCCGAGAAUUGAACCCUGUGGCACCCCCAUAGAGACGGCCAGAGGUCCAGACAACAGGCCCUCCGAUUUGACACAUUGAACUCUAUCUGAGAAGUAGUUGGUGAACCAGGCGAGGCAGUCAUUAGAGAAACCAAGGCUAUUUAGUCUGCCAAUAAGAAUGCGGUGGUUGACAGAGUCGAAAGCCUUGGCCAGGUCGAUGAAGGAUCCAUUUGAACAUCCUGUGCAGGUAAAAUGAAAGGUUAGUUAUAUCCUCUGGUUAAGUUAGAGUUCUAGAGGAGAACGUCAGGGACAUCCGUUUUUACAAAGGAUAGGGUCUCGCCUCUCUUUGCACCUUCUCAUUCAUGAUCAAGUUUACGUUUCUGACAUCUGUUAACCUGCAAGGUGAUGUGUAAAACCUCUCUCUUUUACCACUUCGUAAAUAAUGUAAAAAUAAUAUAUGCCAUUUAGCAGACGCUUUUAUCCAAAGCGACUUAGUCAUGCGUGCAUCCAUUUUAACGAAUGGGUGACCCCGGGAAUCGAACCCACAACCCUGGCGGUGCAAGCGUCACGUGCUACCAGCUGAGCCACACAUGGCAGAUCAACUUUCACAGGCCUUUUAACAAUAACCAAUGAAUGACCAGUUCAUUAGUAGUAAAUAAAUAUAACUCUAGAUUUUAGAGGAGUUACUUUGCGAUGCGCUGUCUGUAGCUAGAGACUCAGUGUGGAAUGUUCUCUACUGGGUAAUUAGUUUGAGGCUCCAAAUCAAUCAGAGCUUUGGUGUUUGUGUGUCUGUGUAUUUGUUGAUCACUCUUGAUUGACCCACAGCAGAUCGAUCUAAAUUGAUUGACCUUGUUAGUAGUGGACAGAAUGGAGUCUAGAUCCUGAAUAGAGUUCACCUUGAUGUAGGAUUAGUUAGGUAGGGUUCCCCCAAACCGUCACUCCAUGGGCCCUAAACUUUGACCACCACUAAUGCAUACUAUCUAGUAUUGAAGUGUAUGCUAAACUCUGAGGCAGUGUAAUGGACUCAGAUUACACCUUCUCCUAGACUAAAAAGCACUUUCAAUGACGACAUUUUCAUGUUUUUCUAUGGAGACUUGAAGUAGUCUGAACCUGUGUCCAAGCAACCGCCCCUUUGUGUCUCCUAAAACAUAGAUGAGCCUACCGACAGGGUCGUGUUGAUGAUGUCACACCCCUGACCUUUCUGAGCAGGACAAAGGCAGUGAGUCAGUCUUAAGAUGGGGGCUGAGGCUGGAGCAUAGCAGGGGCUUAUGGUCCAGCAGAUGACAAACGGCGCUGGCGUUCCUCUCUGGUCCCCGUGUGCUUGGGAGUGGCCGUAUGUUGCCAUGCUAAUGAGGGGUAAUGGUGGGAAUGCAGCAUGCUGACAUGUGCUUCUCAGAUGACUCCUUUAUUGACAUUGGUUUGUGUCGUCGUUCUCGGCGGCCGAGUUGUUUACCUCGUGUUAGGUCAAUAUGUCACUGCCUCGCCAUUAGUGGCAGCUCAUCUGGCUCAAUUGUCGAAUAUGAAACGCAACACAAUGCAUAGGUUAAUACUGCAUAAUGAUUCUGGAUUUUGGGACGAUUGGGAUACGACGGACGCGCACAAUUGGAAUCAAGACGUCAGUGUUUGUGUCCCCCCCCUCUGUUCUGAUAAUAUUCUCUGUUUAUUUCAUUUCCCCGUCCCCCCUCUCCUUUUCUCCCGAAGACUUUGUCCGUUAAAAAGUUAGGCGACACAAACAUAGAGUUGCAGAUUGCGAUGCCCAUUAUGACAAUAUAAUGUGUUGUUGAUCCUGUCUGCACAUAUAGGGGGACGAGGAACUUAAUUAGGGCCUUGACAAGCCUACUCUAGUAAAGUGAUGAGAUUAAUCAUAAUUGGUGUCACUGUGGAUUAGCGCUCGCUCCGAUUGGCCGCCCCACUGGCAGGUCAGGCCUCGCUAGUGGAGACCCGUGGACGCUUCUGACUGAAAAGCUUCAGCCCUGGCCUCUCUCUCUCCCUCUCCCCCUCUAUCUCUCCCUUGGUAAGAGAGGGUUAGAUCUCAGCCAACAGCCUAAUGGCCCCUUUUGAAGUCCCACUAAAUCCCCCUGACCCUGCCCCGUUACCACUGACCCCUCGCUCCUAUGACCGUCCGGGGUUAAAGGAGGACAGACCAGGGGUUGAUGUUAAGUUUGGGUGGGGGAAGGUAGGGAGUGACAUUAAUUUGGGGUGAGGGAAGGUAGAGGGUGACGUUAAGUUGGGGUGAGGGAAGGUAGAGGGUGACGUUAAGUUGGGGUGAGGGAAAGUAGGGAGGGAGGGACGUUAAGUUGGGGUGAGGGAAGGUAGGAGGUGACGUUAAGUUGGGGUGAGGGAAGGUAGGAGGUGACGUUAAGUUAGGGUGAGAGAAGGUAGGAGGUGACGUUAAGUUGGGGUGAGGGAAGGUAGGAGGUGACGUUAAGUUGGGGUGAGGGAAGGUAGGAGGUGACGUUAAGUUGGGGUGAGGGAAGGUAGGAGGUGACGUUAAGUUGGGGUGAGGGAAGGUAGUGGGUAAGGCGGGUGAGGUGGGCUCUCUCUACAUAAUGGAGGGUGCUAAUGCUGUAGUGUCUCACUCCUUCAUGUAAACAAAGUUUAAAAUCUAGGUCAGGGAAUGUUGUUGUUUACAGUAUGGCUGGCUGUUGCAGUAGUCUUGAAACGGAUUCAACAUUUUCUAUCGUGUUUUUUUGUCUUCCUGGGGGUGUGUGUCUAGGUUCCAAAAGGGCACGUGUGGCUGGAAGGGGAUAACCUUAGGAAUUCCACGGACUCCAGGAGCUACGGCCCAGUUCCCUAUGCCCUGAUCCGAGGCCGUGUCUGCUUAAAGGUAAGGAGGGGAACAUCGCCCGACCCGUCCCACAUUUGA